AGGCAACAACGGAACUGGAUUCAGUGGGCAAAGCCAGCGCCUGCCUGAAAGAGAUUGAAAUUUCGCCGUCCUACGUUGCCUUUAUUCUAGUUGUGCGCGCUCUCUCUCUCGCUCUGGCUGCCUUGUUCGGUUCGGGUUCAGGUUCAGCACACACUGCGUAUACGUUACUCUGCCCAAUACGCCUGCCAUAUGUAUAUAAAGUGCAAACAGCCGCGAUGUUUGCCAUUCAUUGUUUGCACAAGGGAAGCUAAAGCUCGCGGAGGCCGAGCGCGACACCUUAACUAAAACUAAAACCAAAACAACCACCAGGAUUAAUUCCAAAAACAUUUUCAUUAUAUCAAAUCACGUUAUUUUGUGAAUGUGUCUGUGAUUUUAUAAUUAAUUAGCAUUAUUUGCAACUGUCAAAGCUGUGAAGUGUUUCAGCUGUGUUUUGUGCGCAAAAUCAAGAAAGAAAAUAACACACAAAAAAAAAUAAAGGCAACAAUAAUAAAUAUAAAUACGUUGGCAAAUAAACAAACGCCGCAAAAGCAGCAACAACAACAACAACAACAACAACAACAAAAAUACCAAAGAAACGCGCGCGCCAAAAAGCAAAAACAAUAUUGCUUAAAGCAAAAACAGAGCUAAGGGAUUUUUCCUAUAUUUUUUAACAUUUUCUCACGCCUCACACAAGGAAUUUAAAAAAAAAAAACCAACUACGAAAUCAUGGAGGUUCAAAAUAUGCGCGAGCAGCCGCUGCUGCAGAGCAAACGCCACAUCCUUGACUCCAGAUGUGCGCUGAACGAUUUAUAUCCGAUCGCCCGUCUGACCCAGAAAUUGGACGUGCUCAAUAUGUCGUCGUCGUCGUCGUCCAAUCUGGACAAGGAAUGCUCCGUUACCAUUGAGCUGGUGCGUCCCGAGGAUGCACCUGAAGUUCUGGCCAUGCUCAAGACAUUCUUCUUUAAGGAUGAGCCACUCAAUACAUUUCUUGAUCUCGGCGAGUGCAAGGAGCUGGAGCACUUCUCAGUGAAGCCCCUCAAGGACAACUGCUCGUACAAGGCGCUCAACAAGAAGGGAGAAAUCAUUGGCGUCUUUAUCAAUGGACUCAUGCGACGACCUUCAGCAACUGAGCCGGCUGAUAAGUUGGCCGAUCCCUGCGAACAUCACAAAUUCCAAAAGAUACUCAGCCUAAUGGAUCACAUUGAGGAGAAAUUUAACAUAUUUGAUUUGUAUCCCAACGAGAAUUGCAUACUCGAUGGCAAAAUACUUUCCGUGAACAGCAAUUAUCGCGGCUGCGGCAUUGCGGGCAAACUGACGGAACGGGCCUACGAGUAUAUGCGCGAGAAUCAGAUCUCUGUCUACCAUGUGCUCUGCUCCAGCCACUAUUCGGCGCGUGUUAUGGAGAAGCUGGGCUUCCAUGAGGUCUAUAAAAUGAAUUAUGCGGACUAUAAGCCGCAGGGUGUUGCCAUCUUUAAGCCGGCAUUGCCGCAUGUAGCCGCACGCGUCCUGGUCAAGGAGCUGGACCAGGAUAAGCCCAAGUCUGUGUUGUAAUUGCUGUCGCUUUGAUGAGGCAAUUAUGCAUUUCAUAGAAAAUAUGUGAUUUUUAGUUUGUAGCUCGGUGGCGGGAUUUAUGCAUAUUCAAUCGAGAAUCGUGCGCUCAUUUCAUUCUAUUUUUGUGCUUUCAGCUCUUAAUUAGUAGAAAAAUAUACAAGUACAAUCUAUAAAAAAAUAUUUAUGUAAUUAAAUGUACCCAUCGCGAAGUUAAUUUAAGUGUUCAAUUUGCUCAAAUAUUGCUAAAUGAAAAUAAAUAAAUAAUAUAAAUUAAAACAUAAA